GCUCGUCCGGGCGAGGUGGAUCACAAAUAAGAUCCAAUCCAAUCCCCUCUUCCCAACCCGAAGGAUGGAGGCUGCGGCCGCAGGAGUGCCCCCGCCGCCGCCGGCCCCUGCCCGCUAGCCAGGGACCAACAGCGCCACAGCGAGCGAGCGAGCGAGCGAGCGGAGGGGGAGAGAGGGAGUCUGUCUGCAAAGUGCUGCUCCCUGGUGCUCAGAGGCGGCUGCUCCAACUCUCAUUCAUUUCGCCGGUUAACAUGAGAGAUCAUGGCCGCCUUCGGGCUUCUCAGUUAUGAGCAGAGACCGCUGAAGCGCCCCCGGCUUGGGCCGCCCGACGUCUACCCGCAGGACCCCAAGCAGAAAGAGGAUGAACUCACUGCUGUGAAUGUAAAGCAAGGCUUCAACAAUCAGCCAGCCUUCACCGGAGACGAACAUGGCUCAGCCAGGAAUAUUGUAAUUAACCCAUCAAAGAUUGGAGCUUAUUUUAGCAGCAUAUUAGCUGAGAAACUAAAGCUUAACACUUUCCAAGAUACUGGAAAGAAGAAGCCGCAAGUUAAUGCUAAAGAUAAUUAUUGGCUGGUUACUGGUCGGUCCCAGAGUGCAAUUCACAGCUGGUUCUCUGACUUAGCAGGAAAUAAACCACUUGCUAUUUUGGCAAAAAAGGUUCCCAUCCUUAGUAAAAAGGAGGAUGUUUUUGCAUAUUUAGCUAAAUAUUCAGUGCCAAUGGUUCGAGCAACGUGGCUAAUCAAGAUGACUUGUGCCUAUUAUUCUGCUAUUUCCGAGGCUAAAAUGAAGAAACGUCAGGUUCCUGAUCCCAAUUUGGAGUGGACACAAAUAUCUACCAGAUACCUUCGAGAACAGUUGGCCAAGAUUUCUGACUUUUACCACGUGGCCUCCAGCGCUGGCGAUGGCCCUGUCCCUGUGCCCCCGGAGGUGGAGCAAGCCAUGAGGCAGUGGGAGUACAACGAGAAGCUGGCGUUUCACAUGUUCCAGGAAGGAAUGCUGGAGAAGCAUGAAUACCUGACGUGGAUCCUGGAUGUUUUAGAGAAGAUCAGACCCAUGGAUGACGACCUCCUUAAACUCCUGCUGCCUCUGAUGCUGCAGUACUCAGAUGAGUUCGUGCAGUCGGCCUACCUGUCUCGCCGUCUCGCCUACUUCUGUGCUCGGCGUCUCUCCUUGCUGCUCAGCGACAGCCCCACCCUCCUGGCUGCCCACUCCCCCCACAUGAUGAUAGGACCAAACAGCUCGAGUAUCGGGGCGCCCAGCCCGGGCCCCCCUGGCCCUGGCAUGAGCCCCGUGCACCUGGCCUUCUCAGAGUUUCUCUCCUGUGCACAGCACGGUCCCUUGGUUUAUGGACUUAGUUGUAUGUUACAGACUGUCACACUCUGUUGCCCAAGUGCCUUGGUGUGGAAUUACUCCACGAAUGAAAAUAAGAGCGCCAACCCAGGCUCACCCCUGGACCUGCUGCAGGUGGCCCCUUCCAGCCUCCCCAUGCCAGGUGGGAACACGGCUUUCAAUCAGCAGGUUCGGGCAAGGAUUUAUGAGGUAGAACAGCAGAUAAAACAAAGAGGCCGUGCAGUGGAGGUGCGGUGGUCUUUUGACAAGUGCCAGGAGUCAACAGCAGGGGUGACUAUUAGUCGCGUUUUGCACACAUUGGAAGUCUUGGAUCGUCAUUGCUUUGACCGGACUGAUUCCAGCAAUUCGAUGGAGACGCUUUAUCAUAAGAUUUUCUGGGCAAACCAAAACAAAGAUAACCAAGAGGUUGCCCCCAACGAUGAAGCUGUGGUGACGCUGUUGUGUGAGUGGGCCGUGAGCUGCAAGCGGUCGGGCAAGCACAGGGCCAUGGCAGUGGCCAAACUCCUGGAGAAGAGGCAAGCGGAAAUCGAGGCCGAGAGAUGUGGAGAAUCAGAAGUCUUGGAUGAGAAGGAGUCUAUCUCUUCAGCCUCUCUUGCUGGUUCGAGUUUGCCUGUUUUCCAGAAUGUUCUGUUAAGAUUUUUGGAUACACAGGCUCCCUCAUUGUCGGAUCCCAACAGUGAAUGUGAAAAGGUGGAAUUUGUGAAUCUGGUGCUGCUCUUCUGUGAGUUCAUCCGCCAUGACGUCUUCUCCCAUGACGCCUACAUGUGCACCCUCAUAUCGCGAGGAGACCUGUCGGUCACGGCCUCCACCCGGCCACGGUCGCCAGCCGGGGAGAACGCAGAUGAACACUAUUCAAAAGACCAUGAUGUGAAGAUGGAGGAGCAGAGUAUUAUGGCGCAUAUGGGCAUUGACUCAGGACCCACUAACAUUUUUGAUGAAGUAGACAAGAGUGACUUUAAAACUGACUUUGGUUCGGAAUUUCCAAUUUUUUCCCCCAUGCCUGGAGAGUCCUGUGAGAAUGCCAACCCUUCCUUGGGCAGAAGAAUGUCAGUUAACAGUGAGAAGUUGGUGAAGAGGGAAAAACCGAGGGAAUUAAUUUUCCCAUCUAAUUAUGACCUCCUCCGUCACCUGCAGUAUGCAACACAUUUUCCUAUACCUCUGGAUGAAUCCUCAAGUCAUGAAUGUAACCAGCGCACAAUCCUUCUCUAUGGAGUCGGCAAAGAGCGUGACGAAGCGAGGCAUCAGCUGAAGAAGAUUACCAAAGAUAUCCUGAAAAUCCUGAAUAAGAAGAGCACCACAGAGACCGGGGGUGGGGAUGAAGGACAAAAAGCCAGGAAGAACAAGCAAGAAACUUUCCCAACCCUGGAGACUGUGUUCACAAAACUCCAGCUCCUUUCGUACUUUGACCAGCAUCAGGUCACAUCUCAGAUCUCUAACAAUGUGCUCGAACAAAUCACAAGCUUUGCAUCAGGAACAUCUUAUCAUCUCCCUCUGGCUCACCACAUUCAGCUCAUCUUUGAUCUCAUGGAGCCAGCACUGAACAUCAAUGGGCUCAUUGACUUUGCAAUACAGUUACUGAAUGAGCUGAGUGUUGUAGAAGCAGAACUGCUCCUGAAGUCCUCCAGCCUGGCGGGCAGCUACACCACGGGACUGUGCGUGUGCAUCGUGGCCGUUCUCCGGCGGUACCACAGCUGUCUGAUCCUGAACCCUGAGCAGACAGCGCAGGUGUUUGAAGGGUUGUGUGGUGUGGUAAAGCAUGUUGUAAACCCCUCAGAAUGCUCCUCCCCCGAAAGAUGCAUCUUAGCCUACCUCUACGAUCUCUAUGUGUCAUGUAGCCACCUCAGAAGCAAAUUUGGAGACCUCUUCAGUAGUGCCUGUUCAAAAGUAAAGCAAACCAUUUAUAAUAAUGUGAUGCCUGCAAAUUCUAACUUGCGAUGGGACCCGGACUUCAUGAUGGAUUUUAUUGAGAAUCCCUCGGCUCGUAGCAUCAACUACUCAAUGCUGGGCAAGAUCCUUAGUGACAAUGCAGCCAAUCGCUACAGCUUUGUCUGCAAUACUCUCAUGAAUGUAUGUAUGGGCCAUCAGGAUGCUGGAAGGAUCAACGACAUAGCCAAUUUCUCCUCGGAGCUGACAGCAUGCUGCACUGUCCUUAGCUCAGAGUGGCUGGGAGUCCUGAAGGCUCUUUGUUGCUCAUCAAAUCACGUGUGGGGAUUUAAUGAUGUACUUUGCACUGUUGAUGUGAGUGACCUUUCAUUCCAUGAUUCAUUAGCUACUUUCAUUGCUAUUCUGAUAGCACGACAGUGUUUUUCCCUGGAGGACGUCGUGCAGCACGUUGCACUUCCCUCUCUCCUAGCAGCAGCCUGUGGAGAUGCGGACGCGGAGCCUGGGGCGAGGAUGACCUGCCGACUGCUGCUCCACCUCUUCCGAGCUCCCCAAGCCUACUUCUUCCCUCAAUCAGCGGGCAAACCUUUCCCCGGAAUAAGAUCAUCUUGUGAUAGACACCUCUUGGCCGCUGCUCACAACAGCAUCGAAGUGGGAGCCGUGUUUGCUGUCUUAAAAGCAAUUAUGAUGCUUGGAGAUGCCAAAAUUGGCAGUAACAAUGUCAGCUCUUUAAAGAAUGAGGACUUCACCAUGAGGGGUUUACGUCGUGACGGCAAUGCUGAUGAUAUCUGGACUGCCUCACAGAAUUCAAAAGCCUGCGGGAAAAGCAUUUCUAUAGAAACUGCCAAUUUAAGAGAAUAUGCUAGAUAUGUACUGAGGACUAUCUGUCAACAGGAAUGGGUAGGAGAACAUUGCCUAAAAGAACCUGAAAGAUUAUGUACAGACAAAGAACUUAUAUUGGACCCCGUGCUUUCCAAUAUGCAAGCACAGAAAUUACUGCAGCUUAUCUGUUAUCCCCAUGGAAUUAAAGAGUGCACUGAAGGGGACAACCUUCAAAGACAGCACAUUAAGCGCAUUCUUCAGAAUCUUGAGCAGUGGACACUGAGACAGUCUUGGCUAGAACUUCAGUUAAUGAUCAAACAGUGCUUGAAGGACCCUGGCUCCGGUUCUGUGGCUGAGAUGAACAAUCUCCUGGACAACAUUGCAAAGGCCACGAUAGAGGUGUUCCAGCAGUCUGCCGACCUGAACAACAGCGCUUCUAAUUCGGGCUUGAGCCUCUUCAACCCAAACAGCAUCGGAAGUGCGGAUGCAAGUAGCACAAGACAGAAUGGAAUCAAGACGUUUCUAAGUUCCUCUGAACGCAGGGGCGUGUGGCUGGUGGCUCCCCUCAUUGCCAGGCUGCCGACCUCUGUGCAGGGAAGAGUGUUGAAAGCUGCUGGGGAAGAGCUGGAGAAAGGGCAGCACUUGGGCUCUUCUUCAAAAAAGGAGAGAGACAGACAAAAACAGAAAAGCAUGUCACUUUUGAGCCAGCAGCCUUUCCUCUCACUGGUUCUUACCUGCCUCAAGGGACAAGAUGAACAACGGGAAGGCCUCUUAACAUCCCUCCAGAACCAAGUUAACCAGAUUUUAAGUAACUGGAGAGAAGAACGAUACCAGGAUGACAUAAGGGCACGGCAGAUGAUGCACGAAGCCUUGCAGUUGCGCCUAAAUCUGGUGGGAGGAAUGUUUGACACGGUGCAGAGGAGCACACAGUGGACCACGGACUGGGCCCUCCUCCUCCUGCAGAUCAUCACCUCGGGCACUGUUGACAUGCACACCAACAAUGAAUUAUUCACAACAGUUCUUGACAUGCUGGGUGUUUUAAUCAAUGGGACAUUAGCCUCUGACCUAUCAAAUGCAUCCCCAGGGGGAUCUGAAGAGAACAAGCGUGCAUACAUGAAUUUAGUAAAGAAACUAACGAAAGAGCUAGGAGACAAGCGGUCAGAAAGUAUUGACAAAGUUCGACAGUUGCUACCUUUGCCGAAGCAGACUUGUGAUGUCAUCACUUGUGAGCCUAUGGGUUCCUUGAUCGACACAAAGGGCAACAAAAUUGCUGGAUUUGACUCUAUAGAUAAAAAACAGGGUCUCCAGGUCUCCACGAAGCAGAAAGUGUCCCCGUGGGACUUGUUUGAGGGUCAGAAGAACCCAGCUCCCCUGUCCUGGGCCUGGUUUGGGACUGUCCGAGUGGACCGGAAAGUGAUUAAGUACGAAGAGCAGCAUCACCUCCUUUUGUACCACACACACCCCAUGCCCAAGCCCCGAAGUUACUACCUCGAGCCGCUGCCCCUGCCUCCCGAGGAGGAAGAGGAAGAGCCCACAUCUCCAGUUUCUCAGGAACCAGAGAGAAAAUCAGCCGAGCUGUCAGAUCAGGGAAAAACUGCAACGGAUGAAGAGAAGAAAACAAAGGGAAGGAAGCGUAAGACGAAGUCCAGCUCAAGAGUUGAUGAGUAUCCACAGAGCAACAUAUACCGAGUGCCUCCGAAUUACUCACCCAUUUCCUCCCAAAUGAUGCACCAUCCGCAGUCCACCUUGUGGGGCUACAACCUCGUGGGACAGCCCCAGCAGCCGGGCUUUUUCCUUCAGAACCAGUCUCUCCCUGCAGGAGGCUCCAGACUGGACCCUGCGGGCUCCUUCGUCCCAUCCAACACCAAGCAAGCUCUGUCCCACAUGCUGCAGCGGCGCUCGGGCGCCAUGAUGCAGCCGCCUGCCCUGCACACCAUCACGUCGCAGCAGCAGCUGAUACAGAUGAAGCUUCUGCAACAGCAGCAGCAGCAGCGCCUCCUCAGGCAAGCGCAGACUCGCCCUUUCCAGCAGGGCCAGCCAGGGGACCAGGCUGCUCUCUUUGCUGCACAAGCACGGCCCUCCCUCCAACUCCCUCAGUAUCCAGGGCUGCAGCAAACACAGACCAUGCCUCAGGGCUACACGAUGUAUGGAACCCAGAUGUCUUUGCAGCAGACAGCCCAGCAGCAGGCCGGCAGCGUGGUCCUGUCUCCCAGCUACAACUCUCGGGCCUACCCAGCAGCACAUUCCAGCCCCGCGCUGAUGGAGAGACUCCGGCAGAUUCAGCAGCAGCCCGGCAGCUACGUUCAGCAGCAGGCCUCGCCCUACCUGCAGCCCUUCCCAGGCUCUCAGAGAUUGAACCAUCAGGCUCUACAGCAGAGCCCGCUGGUGGGUGGAGGAAUCGACGCUGUACUGACUUCCGCACAUCCCAACCUCCCCUCGGUGCCCCUGCCUCAGGACCCCAUGAGGCCCCGACAGCCGCAAGUUAGACAGCAGCAAAGACUCCUCCAGAUGCAGCAGCAGCCCCCCCAACCCCAGCAGCCCCCACAGCCCCCGCAGUCCGCACAGCCCCAGAGUCAGCCCCUCGGUCUCCAAGCAAUGCAGCCCCAGCAGCCUUUGUUCCCCAGGCAAGGCUUGCAGCAGACCCAGCAGCAGCAGCAGACGGCAGCCCUGGUGCGGCAGCUCCAGAAGCAGCUUUCUAGUAACCAGCCACAGCAAGGAGUGACUCCCUAUGGGCAUCCUUCACAUUUCUGAAUCUGGAAGAGGAGAAACAUGAAAUUUUAUGUUUGCACUGGAAAAUAGAAAAUCCUAUUUAAUGUAUUAGUCAUCCUUAGACAUGUGUCUUUGUUCUUUUUAAUUUUACGCUACACUUCAUACAGAGGUACUUGAACGGAAAAUGGAGGGGAAGUUGUGGUUUGGUUUUUGUCUCAUUCAGGACUAAUGUAGGCUGAGGGGCAUGGGUCAUGCAGGCCUACUCCAGGAAGAAUGUGCUAGCAGACCUUGGAGACUUGGUGCUUUUUCUCGAAUCACACAUUUAUAGGGAGAAUGAGAUGGUGGGUUUAACUAUUUGUGUGCUCAUUAAUGAUGAAGUUUGUUUCUUCCAAACUGGGUGGACCAAACUACUGAUCUGAACAGCAUGGUAGAUCUUGGCAGGAAAAGUGGCCUGAGCAUUCUGCAUCAACCUGUGAUGGUGAAGUGGAUGUUUAUUAGCAUCACUCUAAUUUGAAAUGUUCAAAAUGUUCAUAAGCACUUUAUCAACUUUGUUCUUAUUUAUGUAGGACUUUUCUUUGCUUCUGUCAUGGUCAAAAGGUGCUGAAACAGAUUGUUGCUUAGUACUCAAACUUUCUUAAUCCAAGGCUUCUGAGAGCACCACCUGGCGAAGUGUGGGAGCCUCCGGGUCCAGUUGAGCGGACUUGUUUCCAUUGCUGAGGGCCUUAGCCUUUGUGGGGUGAAACACGUAAAUUCUAAAGGCCUGAAGGAACCACGGUGGAAUCGUCCCAUUUAUUUAUUGCCAGUUUUGGCAAAAAUGACUGUGUCCAGUUUUGGUUCUCCUGAAUCUUAUGCCAAUUUGGAGGGGGUGGGGGGGUGAAUUGUGCAACUGGCUUGAGAUUCCACAGUGUCCUAACUUGACAUGGGUUCCAGAGACUCUGGCCCUGAAGUCCAGAAGGUUCUGGUUUUCAUAAAAGGUGUAUUUGCUGUUUAUUUUGUAUGGUAAGUAUUUGCUAUUUUGAAUUUAAUUAUCAACGUUGGUGUCAGUCUUGGGUUGUGUAUUGCAUAUACUGUAUUUAUAAA